AUGGCGUCGUCACCGUUUACAUCACUGCCCAAGGACGUCGCAUGGCAAAUCUUAGCCCGCGUGCCGAAACGACUAUACCCGAUCCUCGCUUGCUUCUCCAAGAACCUACGCUCUCUUGUUCGUUCGCCGGAGAUUCACCGGAUUCGCUCUCUCCUCCGCAAAGACUCGCUCUACAUCAGCUUCAUGCACACUGACAAAACCAACGGCGUCCACACGCCACAUUGGUUCACUCUCCGCAGAGCUGAGAGUCCUAACCCGAGUCAUGAGAAUCAGUUCAUCUCCGUCAACCUCGUGUUUCCUAACCACGACGAGAUCAUGCCGCCUUCCAUCGUCUCUUACGGUCCAGAGCUUUUCUUUAUCUCCGGAUCACUCAUCCCCUCUUCGACCUUAUGGAUCUUUGACUCUCGAACCGGCAAGUUUCGACAAGGACCAAGCAUGAGCGCGGACCACUUCGUCAAGAGCGUGGGGUUGGUGGGGAGCAAGAUACACGUGGUGGGAGGCUAUAUGAACGAUGAGAUUCAUCAAGCUGAAUCGUUCGACCUAAAGACGCAAACUUGGGAGCCAGCGCCGAGACCUAACCCAGAAAGGUUGUUUCAUGCGACUGCUGACGUGUCGUUAGACAGGAAGGUUUGUGCUUUAAUGUCCCUUGGAGCCAUCGUUGUUUGCUACGAUACUAGCGAUGGUUCUUGUACGGGUUUCGAGUUGCCGAGGAAAGAUACGUGGUGGAAGACGGGCGUGUGUGUGAUAGACAAUGUGCUCUAUGUUUACUACGCUAGGUUCGGGUUGAUGUGGUAUGACACUGAGCUGAAGCUGUGGAGAGUGGUGAACGGUUUGGAUGGUAUGAGGAAGGUUCGGUCUGUUGCGAUGGCUGAGUACUAUGGAAAGUUGGCGUUUUUGUGGAAGGGAUAUGGUGUUGUUGGUGGUGUGAGGAAGGAGGUUUGGUGUAGAAUGAUUGCGUUGGACAGGAGUGAAGGAGGGAUCGAUGGGACUGCAGAACCGGCUCAGCUUAUGGGGAGUGUCCCUCGUGGCUAUAAGUUGCAGCAUUGUCUAUCUGUUUCAGAGUAG